AUGCACAUCUCAACUAUAAGUGUGCUUCUUUCGGUUGUUCUAGCAGAAGCCGCGUCCUUCGUUACUCCUAUCAGACAUAAAACAAACAAGGAGCUAGAUUACCCAGAAAGAUGCUAUCCCGACCCCUGUAGAGGGGUGACCUACGUGAACUCCACUGCUGUUUGUGGUGAUCCACGACUUGGUCCCAAGGACCUCCCUGAAUUCUUCCCUCUCUCCAAUCAACUCGAGACAUACUCCCGCUUCGGCGAGCUCUGCCCAGUCGAGUUCCUGGAGAAAUGGACAUUGAACGCUUCCGACCCAAAGGGUUACUGGGUGUAUCCAGACUUCGACGGAUUUGCCAUAACUACCGAGAAUGUGUCGAUUCUAGGGAAUAUCACACUCCGCGUGGGCCAGAAGCUUGAUAGGUUUGGAUCUGAAUAUGGACAGUUCCUAGCACCCCUUGGAGCUCCAUAUAUCGAGCGGUCCCUGCCACCAUCCAACCUUUUCGCACCACCCAACAGCAGCUUCCCGUACAACUACCAUGUCUACGAGGUGACCAAGGCAUUUGAUAUUCUCUUGGGACCCAUUGCGGGUUGGUUUGAGCAGCCUGGGUUCGGAUCGCAGCUUUUGGCCUCGUCAAGUGUGCUAGAUUUGUUGGAAGGGGGGUUCUUAAAAAGACUGGACUUGAAAGACUAUGAUGAAGCGGAUGAAUACUCUGCGAGUUAUCUACCUGCUCCCGAGAAAACUUCCACCUGA